GGACGCCGUAGAGGAUUGUACGGUACCGGAACAGGUAUGAUACCAGCACCGAAAUAAUAAUAUGACACCAGGAGUUCGAUUGCUAUCGUGCUACGAGCACCGAUAGGAUGCCGCACAGCACUACUACCCGUUGCUUAUGAUUUCGUUAGGAAUAACAACCCAUGUGCGUGAGAGGUUGAGGAGUGUAUGAUCGUUCGGGGAAGAGCCUUUGCGGGAUAGUUUUCACGGCACCGUAGAGAGAGAGAGAGAGGGAGAGGGAAAAAGAGAGAGGGCGUGUGUGUGUGUGUGAAUGUGGGUGUGUGGGUGCGUGUGCGCGCAACUCGGAUUUGCGAGAAGUUAACCAAGGCCAGCUCGUCGCUCCCAAUAUUUCCGAAUACCGGUACUUUAUAAUGGAAUCCCGAACUCCAGCCUCGGGGCAAUAUUCACCGACGAAGCUGUUGACCUGUGGGUUGGAAGGUUCGUCGAUACGAUAAUGUGCUAACUAUCCUCUCAGUUCCUGUUUCUAUUGUGGCACUAAGGACGUUUAAGGGUACUGAAGCGGGGAAUCUAGCUUUUACUUGCUCAAUACAAUCCUUUGCGAGCACCCUCCCUCUAUCUGUCCUUUAAUUAGCUGUGCCACACCGUUUCUCGAGCGAGGGCUUCUUGAGCGUUAGGGCGGCCAUGGCUCGGCGGAAUGAAGUUUGUUCGAAGAGGGUCAUAAGAAUAUAAAGGUAUUAUCCGUUUGCGUGUUUGCGGCAGGAUUGAAAACGGAUGGUUUUGGUUCCCAGCUCGGGGGGGUCUGGAGAGCUGCAGGUCCCGGGCUUUGUACCAGGUAAAAGGUACGACGCCAGUACUGACAUUUACGCGGGUAAUGUGCAAGGAAGGUUCCCAAUGUCGAUGUUUGCUUGAUGUCGCUGUGCCUCGCGAGUGCUUGUAUGAUACGGUACGGUACCGGUACUCGAGCACUGUGCGAUACGGCAGGAUGCCUGUUCCCCCGGGGCCCAGGAGACAAUCGGAUUGAGAUGGGGCUCUCACAAAGAAAUUGUGGAGGUGCUCCCGCUUCAUCACGUGUGAUGAUCCAGAUUACCAAAAUGGUGGAUGCACGAGCAUGAUGGGGGGUACAGUACGAGUGCUCGUACUAGUACUCGAGUACAGCACGGUACUCGAGUAGUGAGUGCUACAGUGGACAUGAUGAGCCCGUAAUCUGCUCACUCGUAAUCAACGAUAACUUGCUCGAUUACCAGUACAAUACUCGAGUACUCUAGCAAGUGCUGUUGGUGCUCCGCCAAGGCAUGGGUCUUUGCUUGCAGAUAGCGGUACCCCCUAUCCCCGAGUGCUCCAGUAGGACUGAGGCACCGGUAUCAUAUGAGUAGAAUGGGCAUCCCCGCAGGACCCAGCGAUCCUGUCAACCAGAGACAGCAUUGGUCGGGAGUGUACGGUAUGCUCGUACCGGCACUUUUAGUGGUCAAGCAGUCCUCCCGGGGCGAGUCUUAGAAGCUGCUGGUUCCAGACAUUAUGGUAGCUUACCCUCGAGCACGGCGUCGAUGCGAUGGGGUAUCGUGGGAGCGGGGUGGAGAAGGUGUUGGAGCUGGGGUGCGAGACGUUCAUCCGUAUACCGGUAUCGUAGCGCCAUAGAGUUACUCGAGUACUUUCGAGCGCGGUCCGGCAAAUCCGAGUGUAACCAGGACCCAGCAGUCAGUUUACGGGCGGUUAAAGCGUGUGUCGGCCGCUCCCCCCAGAUUCAUCGGUCCAUGCUGUGAUGUAUGAUAGCAUCCUACCGGUACCAGUACUGUAUGUGCCAUCGUACUCGUUCAGUAAGUAACUUCCCACCAUCUCUGUGCCCUGUGAUACUGUUGCUCGCGGUUUGCAAGCAUUAAUACUGUGGAAUACAACACCAAAUUGUACGAGUAAUCACUAUACCCCGGGAAUUUUUGGUAUAUAAACCCAUCGCCAAUCACCCCUCAGAAAUAGGAAUCUGGUGAUCGUUUUCUUGCUCACUCUAAUAAGCCAAACUCCCGUUCCCAACGGACCAACGAACCCUUUCGAUCUCCUCGCAUUUCAGCCGCAUACCCAAACACCAACGAACCUCCAAAUUCACUGCAUCUCGAACUCGAUUUUUCCAGUGGGGAGAUUUCCCCCCGUCUCUGAUACCCGCAAUCUAAUUCGGUCCGGAAGUUAUAAAUAUUCAUCUCAUUUUAUUUAUUUUAUUUAUUUACUUAUUUUUUUUCAAAAGAGAAAAAAAAAAAAAAAAAAAAAAAAAAAGUUAAAAAAGGAGUUCACACAUUCACCACCAACGCUACUGCCAACAAUGUCCGAAACCGAUUCCUCGUGGCCCUCAAAACGUGUUCCCCUGGCAUCCCUCGCUCCGGGCACCUCUGACAACGAGCCCGAAUUCCUUGUCGCGAUAAUUAGUCUCCUCUGGCCCUUUUCGCCCAGCAGCUCGUCUUUAUCCAUUUUAGCAUCCGAGAAGGAUUUUCGCUUGCGUAAGAACCGAGGGCAGGUUCGGAUCAAUUUUAAGGGUCUCGCGGCGUCGGCUGUGGACCGGACGGAGCUUCAGAUUGGGGACCGCGUUGUCAUCUCGUUGGAAGGGGCCCAGUUUCAACCGCUAGACGAUGCCACUGAAAGGGAUGUCCCAUGGGUCGUGGUGUACUCGACUAGAUUGGCUAUGAAGGUAACUCAACCUUGCUCUUGCAACCCAUCCAAGUUUCUACCGUACUUAACGAAAUGCUCUGCAGGUAAAGACGACAUCCGGCUGGUCCACAAUUGACAUCGCGCCGGAUUUGGAGGCACCUCCCAUAGUCGCAAGCCAGGCCCUUCCGGCCACAAUAGAGGAGAGGCCGGCUCUUCCCCCUUCGACACCGCCUUCAACCCAGUCCUUCUCGUUCUCAAAGGACGAAAAUGAAUGGAGCACUCCCGGCCUUUUCAAGCGCUCCAUAACAUGGCUCUCCAACGAGCCAUCGCCGUCAUCCUCACUUCCAACAGAGCCACUCUUUGGGGAUGACGAUGACUACGACUUGGAGCACAGACGCAAGCGGCCGAGGUUUAGCAGCUCGUUCCGGCUGUUGGAACAGAAGGAGGUCACGGAAGGAGAGCCGGGGGGAUUAGAUGAGGAAAUCUCGCUAGGAAACCCUAAGGGUAAGGGGAAACAAGCGCCUAGAGUAGGGGCCGGUGGACCGGAACAUGAGGGCCAAAUGGAGGGGGGUAAUGUGAGCUCUGUGCGGAUUGAUAUCUCAGAGGAGAUGUCAGUUGAUCUAACAGAAGCUGCGGGUCCUAGCAAGACACCAGAUCGGCGAAUGAGAAUUCCCAUGCCCCCACCACCUCUGCCUCCUCUGGAUACUAGAAUGGAUACGGAAGAUAUGCCAGAUUCACCAUCAUUACGCCCUGUUCUGUCUGCCAACCUUCCACUAAUCUCCCCAUUUAUGAAUCGUGGAUUAUCUGGAGCUGAUUACAUGAGUCUAAAUGAUGUUCAGACUCCCGAUACCGAGCUUGAAGGAGACCCUGUUCUCAUAGGCUCUGAUAUCACCGGCACGGCCCCCACUCCUGAUCAAGCUAUCUCAACGGUGGCGGGGAGGGAGGUGCUACCCAAACCAAGCACGCCUGAGGCCACCAACUACCUGUCCGUCUCGGACCAGCGGAGGGCCUCGCUAUCCGAUGAUGAGAGACAACUAAGCGAUAUUGACAGUGAGAAAGAUUCGCUCUUCGAUGAGCCUUCUGAUGGUGAGACUACUCACCGUCUGGUGCAGAGACGAAAGAUGAACGCAAAGUUCGCGGCCACCUCUCAGCCCUCUAAGCUCAGUAUAGAGAUUUCGAGGAUGGGUGAAAAUUUCGCAACACCACGCUCAGGGAAACCAAAAACGCCUUUCCUUUAUCUGCCCACGCCAUCGCCAAAGGUCGAGAAGCGCUCCCUGAAUUUCCCUACCAGUGCCCCUCCAAAAAUCAAUUCGGGUUACCCAGGAAUGAACGACAACUUUGAAUUUGGGUCCCCAACUGAAGUGAGGAGGCCGCUUCUGUGGGGCUCGGAGAGAGAAUCAUUUCCCAGCGACCUUUCGGCUUACUUUGGUCGUCCGGCGGAGUGUGAGAAUAUAGGGGCAGAUCCUGAAUCUCCCUCUUCCGAAAAGCACGACAAUAGCACUGAAUACCAAACUUCAGGGGAUAGAUCGAUGAAUGACUCCAACUCAGAAACCAUCGCGGGAUCAGAUCAGAGCGGUCAACAAUCAGACUCUACGUCAGAGUUCGAGUCAGGAGUUACUACAAAUGUAGGCCGCACACGUAGGGUUAGUCUGUGUAGUGUUUUCGCUAACCUCUGGCGUUGUAGCUAUCUGAUUUCCCGGCCUUGUGUUCUCUAACUUGGGGUGCGCUUGUUGAUAUCAUCGGGGUGGUGGCGCGAAGAAAACCUAUCCAACGAGCCAAAGGAGGGCAAAAGGAUUUUUACAUCUCUAUGAGAUUGGUCGAUUCGUCGACUCCCUAUGGAAUAGUAGCUACGGCUCUGAGGCCUUAUAAGGAGGCCUUGCCAAUUGUGGAAGUGGGGGAUGUGGUGCUCCUCCGGGAAUUCAAAGUACGGGAUGCUGGGCUCGCCUCACUUUUUUUUUUUUUUUUUUUUGGUUUUCUAGCCUUGGGUUACUAACUACUAUUGUUCCAGAUAUCCUCCGUAAAACGUAGCCUUGUGGCUACAUCUACAUCUAAUUCUGCAUGGGCCGUUUGGAAAAAUCUGGGGAAAGAGAGGGCAGCCGUGGUGUCAGGCCCUCCAGUCGAAUACGGUCCGGAGGAAGAGAAAUAUGUGGAAGGGAUUGGAAAGUGGUAUGGCUCGUUGGAUGCGGGCACACGUGAAGAUCUGGAGAACGAUAGCGAGGAUGAAUUGGGGGAGGCUGCGAGUGAGGAAUAGGUGUACUGUACCAUCAAGGCACAUUGCGUGCAGGAUUAGAUAAGGGUUGUUGUCGCGCAUCCACAAGUAGCGCUGGUGCAUCCAUACCGUACUGUGCUUGCAGCGGGCUCGAGUACCGUAUCAUGCCGUACGGUACCCAACCUGAAUGCGGUGCGGUAUAGUACAGCACCGCACAGUAUAUAACAUACCGGAGAUACCGGAGCCGGGACAAAGUUGAAUGAAUGACGAAUCAUAAAUG